AUGCAGAGCCGCAUAUACUUCCUGGUCACUCUUGCGAGUCGAAUCUGUGCGUUCAAGACAUAUCCGGCCUGUCCACCUCUGGCAGGCGACGUCACCGUGAAUGUCUCAAACAUCUUCCCUGAGAGUGCUGAAUUCGCACCUUCGAAUUGCAGGUUUUAUAUCGGUAAUGGUAGUCUGAUCGAACACGAUCCAUACACUUCUACCACGAGGGAAAUUAAUCUUCCCGGGGUGAGCCACAAUACAGACUACUUCGUUUGUGGGGUGGACUUCGGCUAUGCGUCAGGGACCAUUUACGUGGCUGCUAGCUCACGAUACAACUGGUGGCCGACCAUAGGUGGGAACCUUACCGGACCCUCUCGACUGAUGAAAUAUUCUCCUCUCAACAACGAAAUCAUUUGGUCUACCAAUGUGGGCGCUGUAGUCUCUGCAGAGAAACGGGAGACGAACACCCCAUUUGCUGGAUUCCAGGACAUGGCAGAGGACGAAGAUGGCAAUGUGUACUUUCUUGGAUCUUUUGGUAACAUCAUCCUGAAGGUUGACCCGGAAGGUAAGGCAACCAAGUUUUACAGUCCAGACCCCGUCACCGAUAAGUCAUACGGCUUCGGUGGCGCAUUCAUGACAAGGGAAAAUGUGCUUGUCGUUGGCGAUGCGAUAUCGCAAGGAUUUGUCAUCUUCGAUCUUUCGAGUUCAAACCCCUCACUAGCUACUUUCACCAAGCCCACAGGACACCCAAAGGAAUUCGAUGAACACGUCAUGGAAUGUGACGCUGUGACUGCGCCAAGGAGAUACGAAGACAAUGUCGCGCUGUGUUCCCUAGUCGUGGACAGGAAAUUCUCAAACCAUGGAAUGAUUACCGUGUACACAUCAGUGGACGGUUGGAAGAGCAGCAAUUUUGCUGGGAUGAUCCGGACGGAGUUCGGCCAAUCUCCAGAUAUUUGGUCCACUGCCCAGUUGGGAACUGCUGACAGGGUGUACGCUUUAUCGUCGUCACUCCCUUACGAUGACGCCGGGUUCCCGAAUACUAAAAGCACCACGCUCGUUGAUAUAACUGACAAGGUUGAUCAACUUGUGGGGAAAUUCGGGCCGAAUCAAGAUAGAAACGCACAUGAAGAACUCUGA